AUGCUCGGCGAGAUCGCCCGCCCCCCGACCAACGAGCUGCUCGGCUGCCGCGAGAGCUACUCGGUCGCCGCCGGCAUCGCGCUCGGGCUCGUCUCGCUCGGCCGCGGCUCCGACCCCGGCCUCGCCGACCUCUUCAUCGAGGACAAGCUCGGGAGCUACAUGCACGGCCGCGCGCCCGUCUACAGCUCCCCGGACGGCGGCGACGGCAUGGCGCGCCAUUACCCCACCCCGUUAGCUCUCCGCGCCUGGGGCAGGCGUGCGCCCCGUCCCCUAGCUCGCCCCUCGCACGAGGCCUCCUCGCCGCAGGCCAAGGAGCCGACCGCUUCCCUCGCCACGCGCUGCUACCGCAUCCGCGAGGGGCCGCGCGUCAACGUCGACGUCACCGCCGCCGGCGCCACCCUCGCGCUCGGCCUCCUCUUCUGCAAGUCCAACAACGCCUCCCGCGUGCUCUGGGUGAAGCGCAAGACUGGCCACCUCCCGUACAAGCAGGACGCGCACGGCCUCUCGUCCAUCUUUUGCCGCCCCUUUGGCAGCGCCGCCGCGCCGCGCGAGACGUCCCUCUCCCAUUUCUGCUCCGAGCCGGCCAUUCGCGCUUUUGCGCAGCACCUCUGCCGCCGCGCCGCCGCGCCCGCCGCCACGCCCGCCGCGACAGCGCUCACCGCUUCCCCCGACGCGGUGGAGCUGCACACCUUUUGCGACCGGCUGCUGUAUGAGUGCCUCACCCAGGAGAAGCCCGACUUGGUGCCAGCGUACCUCCUGCUCUACCACACAGCGCUACGGCUCCAGCGCAACCGCUGCGCGGUCGGAAUGCGCUCGCUGCGGCUGCUGCUGGCCCACGCGGAGGCGCGCGACGACGAGCCGUUGCAGCGCCCGUUCCUCCGCUCGCUGUGUCACCACGUGCUCCGGGCGGCGCGCGACGAGGGGGACCCGCCGCCCGCACCCGGAGCCUCGCGGAGCGGCGCGCACUGGCUCGCCAUCGCCGCACGGCGCAAGCAGCAGGCGCGCGCUCAGUGA